AUGUCUGUCAUAGAAGACGUUCCUGUCCGAAUCCUCGUCGUCAACCCAAACACGUCUGAACACAUGACACAGGCACUGCAGCCAGUGAUUGACGACCUUGGUUUCAAAAAUGUCCAGUACACACUGUUCACUUCUCCCACACCUGGUAUAUCAUCGAUCAAUUCUCCGGACGAUGCCACCGAGUCUGCGAAAGCGUGCCUGUCCGCACUGAUCCCCAUGCUCCCGAUGCAUGAUGCCUUCCUGGUUGCAUGCUACUCUCAACAUCCACUUGUACCGCAGCUCAAACACGAAUGUGACAUACUUCAGCAAGAAGCUACAAAAGGUGCCGGCGGCGCUGGAGCCAGAAAAUAUGUCACGGGCAUAUUCGAAGCUAGUGUCGUCACUUCACUAGCACUAACCGGAUCGAAUACAAACGAGAGUUUCGGUAUUGUAUCAACGGGCAAGAUCUGGGAGACAGCCUUGAGAGACGCCGUACACGAACUGUUCGGAGUCACCAAUAGCAAGAGGUUCGCAGGCUGCCAGACCACAGGCCUCAAUGCGAGCGAGUUACACGAUCUCCCUGCUGAAGAGGUGAGAACCAAGAUGAAAGAUGCCACAAAACGUCUAUUACAGGAUGGCACCAGUAUGCAAAGCCAUGUUCGAGCUAUCUGUCUGGGCUGCGCAGGAAUGAUCGGCCUUGAAGAAGCUGUUCGAGAGGCUUGCCUAGAAGAGCUGGGCGAAGAAGAUGGCAAGAAAGUUGCAAUCGUCGAUGGAGUCAAAGCUGGUAUAGGCGCCCUAUUGACGCUCGCCAGAGGAGGGUUCUGA